AUUUACAGUCUUUACCCAAUCAUUUUUUGGUAAAUGCUUUACCCAGCGUUUGUGCAUAGCAUGUGUGAAGUGGUAAGGCAAAGGAAAAACAAUUAGCAUCAGCCUACUUCACAGGCUAUUUUUACAUUUUAAAUACUUAGAUGCUAGCCAGUUGGCGAGGUCCUGUCAGUAUCUGAUACAUCGUCUAUCUGAGAAAACAUGUAUUGGCAGGAUUUUAGAUGAGCUUGUAAAAGUGUUUGUAUGCUCUCUUUUGUUUUGUUGGUUUGUUCUGCCACUUAAACCAGCAUGCAAGCAAUGCAUUUUACUAGUUAGGACACACUAAGGGGUGCAGUUUCACUCGUGGUAUAAAUACAUCUUGACUAUACUGCCUCUACAAGGAGUGGUACAAGCCCCACUUCCUGCCACCUUACUUGUACCAGUCCUAGCACUUCUGCUUGGGAGUGCGGAGGAACUGCUCUGGCUGUAAAAGACUGCAUUUCAGUUGAAUCAGUUCUCUGCUCUGGCUGCUGCACAAGUCCUGUUGCUGACACAGUGGUGGUGUCAAGAAAACACGAUAGAGAGAAGAUAAGACUACCAGUGGUGGUGUAAGGAAAACAGGAUAGAAGAUAAGACUGCCAUUUGCACUUGCAGUCUAAUUUCUGUUUGCAGUUUCACAAUCGGUGUAAUCUGAUCAUAAAUUGUAUCUAUAUUGAUUACAUGCUUAGUUCCUGCACAGUUUAGAGAUUUCUAUUCAAAUGUGGGGUUUUUUUGAGUUUUGGAUUGAAAGAUUAUGCUUGGUUUUAUUUAAUUUGUAACUGCAAAUUCCCCAAAUCAUUUUUGUUCAGGGAUUGUUCAUGUUUAGUUACAAUCCAGAUGAGGAUCAUGUUUGGAAAUCGUAAAGCAUAUUCAUGCAGCCUUUUUUUUCCCUGAUCACUGAAGUGUGGAUAUCAUGGUGUAAGCAAAUAAUAUCCUUUGUGCUUCAGUGACCUCUAGUCUUGAUUUCAAAUUUCUGUAAGAUGGGCAGGCUUUAGUACAGUUCAAAUAGAAAUAUUUAAGAAAUAGCCCUAAACAAGCAAGACUGUUGUAUUGAGCAUGUACAUUACAUAUUGAUUUCACUGCACAAAUGUGGUUUCACAUAAAUGUUUAUCUUUGGAGAUCAUGAACAGUCACAAAAGAUAUUCAAGAUAGCAGUAGGGGGGAAGCUUACUUCUUGGUGCUACUGCCUCUAAUUUAAACUUUCCUAUGCACUGAAGUAUGGCAUGCCCUAAAGAAUAACGGAUACAAUUUAAAACUGAUUUUCAGAAUGCAGUAGGAACUGGCAGAAUUGCUGGUGUUUUUGUGUGUUCAAAAGAUCAUUAGAAAAUAUUUAAAUUUAGCUAACAAUGUGCUUUUUAUUUUUUAACGUCAGCCUAUGUCAUCAAAAUAAGAAAACCCAACAAAUUCCUGGCAGAGUGCAAGGUAGCAGAUUAGAAUGAAGAAUUAGAAUGAAUUAGCAUGAAGAAAUAAGGAGUUACUGUUCCUAGAGCAGUGGGAAUUUGGCCAUCUUGUAUUUUACAUUGGGGCAUAGAAAUCACACAGUGUACAAAAUUUAUACUACUAAGCAAAGGUUGAUAAGGAAAUAGUUAAUUUCCUUUUAGCUAUGCAGUUAGUGUACACACCCACCAGAUGGAGCUUCUGGCACCAGUGGAAAAUUCCAGAAAUCAAGCAAGAAUGAGAAGUGUGUGAAUGACUUAGAAGAUCCCUGUCUGCUGGGCUGCAGAAGAUAUUUUUUUAACCUUUUAAAAAAAUGAAUGGAAAGUAAGAUCAGCCUUCCUGAGCCUUCUCACUAGAACUGUCUUCCAUAGAAGUUCUUCCUCUGUGAUGGGAAGUUGGAGUUGUUAGCAUCGGAGUCACCAAGUUGAAGAUAGACAAUAAGCUCCAAAAAAAAAAAAGAGAGAAACAGUUUCAUAAACCCUUGCUGAAGUUCACAUAGAAUCACAGAAACAGCACGUUAAGGUUAUUAGCCAAAGAAUUUCCUCCAAAGGAAUGUGAGUGUGGCUGCUUUUUCUAUUUUUUUUGUUGUUGUUUGUUUGUUUUAGUACUACAUUUUAGAAAACCUACUGAUGUCCAGAGAAGUGGUAUGAACAGUCCUUUUUCUUUGGCACACUGAUUUAAUCUCUGAAGUGAUUUCAAAAUCUUUUUAAAGUCUUUAAUUGGCAAAGGAACUUUUAAGAAAUAGACUAUUUGACUGUGAAGGACAGCCAGGGGGUUUCAUGCACAGAGGUCUGCAGAAGUUUUACAAUACAUAGGCCAGGUACCAAAAUACACUUGCUAAUUCCCUUCAGUUCCAAUUACCGUAGUUUCAAAACACCAUGCCAGAUUUUUACAGAAGAUUUGAUUGGGUUUUCUGUUUACUUUACAUCUUUCUAAUAUGCCUAGUCCUGUUUUAGAUACAGACACAAGUUAAAGGGCUUGGGGGCUUGUGCUAGCCUAACGGUCUAACAUGGCACUGUGCACACACAACUGUCUAGUUGGAGUUGAGGUGUUAGACAAAAGUUAGCUGGCAGCCAUGGUGUUACAUGGGCAGUAGCUGGUGUUGCAGAUGGUGGAGCUGAUAAUGCUGUGGAGGUGCUCUGUGUUUAAAAUGUUGCCAGGAGAGUAGAGCACGUGCUGUUACAAAACAGCCUCUGUUUUAGGAUUAUAGCAGACUUGAAAAAUGAGCUCUUAGUUGUCUGGCAUUUAAGAUGUGCUGUUAAACUGUAAAUCUCAUUACCUUCACAGGAGAUGUGGGUGCACAGCCCCUCUGAAAACUAGGCCAGAAAUGCUUAAAUAAGGAGAAGAGUGCAAACAGAAGAAAGUGGAAAUGCUUAUUGUAAGCCAGAGAUAGCUGUGUCAGGAGUAGACUCUUUAUUCAGUCAGUGCAUGGAGGAGAGGUAUUUAGCUGUAACUCUUACCUUCUCGUGGAAAUUUUUGUUAGUUUGUAGUUCUCCCAACUUCUCUCUUCUCCCUGGUGUUUCUGCUCCUGGUAUUUUUGGUUUGCUCACUCUUCCCUGUGAUACCUUUCUGCUUCCUGACUAUCACUUUUCCUUGCUCAACUGUCCUGGGACUUUCAGGUCCUGGAGCUCCAACCUUCUUGCCAAAGAUACAGGCCAUCGUUGUCCUAAUGUGAAUACAGAAUAUUAUACACCACACUACUACGUAGCAUCAUUGAACCUGCGUACAUGAGGAGGCUGCGUUUCCAUUGCUGCAGGAACCAUAGCAGGAUAUGAUGCUUCUUCUAUGUCCGGGCUUUGGCCUCACACAGUAGGUGUAAUAUAAUCGCUGAGGUGGGCGUUCUGCAAGGAGAAUUAUUUUUGGAGGCUUUUGCAUGAAACUUGUCCAAUGAGUCUGAGACGCCCAAGCACCAUUAAUUUUGGAGGAAAAAGAUGGAGUAUUGCAUGCUGGGAACAAGUGCUUUCCAUAAGGUACAGCAGCAGCUCAUGAUGCCCCGUAAAGCUUUUCUUUCCCAGAAAGAAAAGCAGGCUCGUGCCAGGGAAAGGGAUAUGUUAAAAAGAGGAGGAGGCGACAAGACUAUCUCAAAAGAAGCGUGGAGCCGCAGAAAAAUGCAGAAACAAUAAAAUGGCACAGGGAUGAUGAGAAGAGGAGAGAAAAUGAGCAAGUUAAGGACAAAGAUAUCAAGAAGCGGUGGAGACAGGAUGAGAGAGAACGACGAAAGAAUGUGGACGCUAUGAAUUGGCGCAGGGAAGAUGAGAAGAGGGAAAAUGAGCGAGAAACUAUGUUCCAACUUCCUGUCAACAACCUUGGCAGUUUAAGAAAGGCCCGGAAAACUGUGAAAAAAAUACUUAGUGACAUUGGUUUGGAAUACUGUAAAGAACAUAUAGAAGAUUUUAAGCAGUUUGAACCUAAUGACUUUUAUUUGAAAAACACUACAUGGGAAGAUGUAGGAUUGUGGGACCCAUCGCUUACAAAAAAUCAGGACUAUCGGACAAAGCCCUUUUGCUGCAGUGCAUGUCCAUUUUCCUCGAAGUUCUUUUCAGCAUACAAAAGCCACUUCCGGAAUGUUCAUAGUGAAGACUUUGAAAAUCGGAUUCUCCUUAAUUGUCCUUACUGUACUUUCAAUGCGGACAAAAAGACUUUGGAAACGCACAUUAAAAUAUUUCAUGCUCCAAAUGCCAAUACACCGAGUGGAGGCAUCAGCACUUUUAAAGAUAAAAGCAAACAUGAUAGCCUUAAACCUAAGCAGGCUGACAGUGUAGAACAAGCUGUUUAUUACUGUAAGAAGUGCACUUACCGAGAUCCUCUGUAUGAAAUAGUUAGAAAGCACAUUUACAGGGAACAUUUUCAGCACGUAGCUGCUCCUUACGUAGCAAAGGGAGGUGAAAAGUCGCUCAAUGGUGCAGUUCCAUUAAGUUCCAGUACCCGGGAGGAGGGUAGUAUUCACUGCAAACGAUGCCUUUUUAUGCCGAAAUCAUACGAAGCUUUAGUACAGCAUGUUAUCGAAGACCACGAACGUAUAGGAUAUCAGGUAACUGCAAUGAUAGGUCACACUAACGUAGUGGUUCCAAGGUCAAAACCUUUAAUGCUAAUAGCUCCAAAACCACAGGAUAAAAAGCCUAUGGGACUCCCUCAGAGGAUGGGUCCCCUUUCCCCUGGAAGUGUUCGAUCUCUUUCAUCCCAACAGAUGAUGAACAGACUCACUAUACCAAAGCCUACGUUAAAUUCUGCAGGAGUGAAUAUGAUGUCAAAUGUUCACCUACAGCAAAACAAUUACGGAGUCAAAUCAGUACCGCCAAGUUACGUUGGUCAGCCAGGGGGGAGGCUAAACUUAAGUGGUAAUGCACCAGUUUCUCUUUCACAGCAGUCUCAAACAAUGAAACAGUUUUCAAGUGGCAAUGGAAGGCCUUACACUCUUGGAGGGGAACAGAGAUCACAGGCCUCAGCAAGAUACUCUCUUCAGUCUGCCAAUUCAUCCUCUCUUUCAUCAGCUCAGUUGAAACAAACAUCAUUAUCUCAGUCACAGGCAGCUUCAAGAGUAUUAGGUCAGUCUGGCUCAAAAUCUCCUGUAGCUGCUACAGGUCCUUCUGCUGUCAAUACAUCAUCCACACAAAAGUGGAAAAUCUGUACAAUCUGUAAUGAGCUGUUUCCUGAAAACGUGUAUAGUGUCCACUUUGAAAAGGAGCACAAGGCUGAAAAGGUGCCUGCAGUAGCUAACUAUAUAAUGAAAAUACACAAUUUCACUAGCAAAUGUCUAUACUGUAAUCGCUAUUUACCCACUGAUACGUUGCUUAAUCAUAUGCUAAUACAUGGUCUGUCUUGUCCGUAUUGCCGGUCGACCUUCAAUGAUGUUGAAAAGAUGGCUGCUCAUAUGCGAAUGGUUCAUGUUGAUGAAGAAAUGGGACCUAAGACUGAUUCUACUCUGACAUUUGAUUUGACACUGCAGCAGGGCAGUCACACAAACAUACAUCUACUUGUAACCACCUACAACUUGAGAGAUGCUCCUGCUGAAUCUGUAGCUUACCAUGCUCAGAAUACUCCCCCUGUUCCUCCCAAACCACAGCCGAAAAUCCAAGAGAAGUCUGACGUACCUGUAAAAAGUUCCCCACAAGCAGCAGUUCCCUACAAAAAAGACGUAGGGAAAACUCUCUGUCCUCUGUGCUUUUCAAUCCUAAAAGGACCCAUCUCUGAUGCACUUGCACAUCAUUUACGAGAGAGGCAUCAAGUUAUUCAGACAGUUCAUCCAGUUGAGAAAAAGCUAACCUACAAAUGCAUUCAUUGCCUUGGUGUAUAUACCAGUAACAUGACUGCCUCAACUAUAACGCUGCACCUUGUUCACUGCAGAGGUGUUGGGAAGACUCAGAAUGGCCAGGACAAAGGUACUUCGUCAUCUCGGCUAAGCCAGUCUCCAGCUGUAGCACCUGUAAAACGUACUUACGAACACAUGGAAUUCUCCCUAAUGAAGAGAAGGAAAAUGGAUGAUGACGACUCCCCCUCUGCCUUUGAGGAGAAGCCUGAAGAACCUGUAGUUCUAGCAUUGGACCCCAAGGGUCAUGAAGAUGAUUCCUACGAAGCCAGGAAAACAUUUCUCACAAAGUAUUUUAAUAAGCAACCAUAUCCCACUAGGAGAGAGAUUGAAAAGCUGGCUGCCAGUUUGUGGCUCUGGAAGUCUGAUAUCGCGUCUCACUUUAGCAACAAAAGGAAGAAAUGUGUUAGAGAUUGUGAAAAAUAUAAACCUGGUGUGUUGCUUGGUUUCAACAUGAAAGAACUAAACAAAGUUAAACAUGAAAUGGAUUUUGAUGCUGAAUGGCUGUUUGAAAAUCACGAUGAAAAGAAUUCCAGAGUCAAUGUUAGUAAGACUGUUGACAAAAAAAUAAACAUAGAAAAAGACAAUGAAAGUUCCUCAGACAGCUAUGAGAAUAUAGAAGAGGAAUACAAUGAAAGCGGUAGUCCGUUUGGUCCACAUAUUUCUGACAUUGGUGGGAAAGCCUCUUCUGAUAGCACAGUGGAGAACCCAGAUGACAGCAUAUCCAAGGAAAUCAUUGAAGAAAAUACUUUACAGUCUCCAGAGAAGUCUGAUCAAAAACAAGAGGACAGCUCUAAAUACGAAGAGAUUUCUGCUGAAGAGCCAACAAAACUGGUGGGUGAUAUUUCAGAUAGCGAAGGUGAUCAGGAUGAGCAAGAUGAUGCUGUUGAAUGGAAAGAUGGAGCUUCACAGUCUGAAAGUGGGCCUGGUUCUCAGCAGGUUUCAGAUUUUGAAGAUAAUACAUCAGAAGUAAAACCAGAGGUGUGGACAGAUGAAUCCUCCCAAAGUGAAGAUGCUGGUAGCAGUAAACCAACUGUUGAGACAAAAGAGGGUGGAUCUGAAAGUGAUGAAGAACAGUCAAAGUGGAAGAAUCGUUCCUAUGGAAAAGUAGAAGAGUUUUGGUCUAAGGACCAGUCGCAAUGGAAAAACGCAUCAGAGAUUGAGGAGAGCUUGUCAAAUCAGCAGAUGGAAUGGCAGAAUAGCACAAUUGACAGUGAGGAUGGAGAUCAGUUUGACAGUGUGACUGACGGGGUAGCAGAACCGAUUCACAGCAGCUUAACUGGUGUGGAGCUGAGUAGCCAGCAAGCAUAAGCUGCUUGAUGCAGAAGUGUCAGUAAUGGCCACUCUACAACUGUCUAAACACUUUCAUUUCAGUAUGACUGCUAAGCUUAAAUUCUAACUGGUACUGCCUCUCAAGUGCUAGGUCAUGGUGAGUGGUGUUUGAGGCCGCUGUUACUCCAGUGGUUAUGUAAGGAUGUUGUUGGCUAAUCUUGCUUGAGAAUACCUGCUGGGACGAGCACGGUAACUUAAUGUGAAAACAGAUAAGCUGGUGGCUCCAGAAUGCACACAGAGAAAAGCAGAGGUUUGUUUUAUCUGCAUUUUCAACAUUUAUUUCACUCUUGUACAUGUUCAGUUGUAUGUCUUUUUAAACAUUACCCUUUUUCACAUGGUAGUGUAGGGCCAACAUACAAACUACCAGUUCAACGUGUAUAGUAGACUAUGGGGAAAUUGAUUUUUUUCAUGUAUCAUUCUGAAUAGUUGAAAUGUAUAUUUGUACAGUCUUUUAGACCUAUUCAAGUGAAGCUUAUGAAAUUGUUCUUGUGUACCCAUCAUAGAUUUGUUUCUCUUUUUUAGUGUUGCCCUGCUGUGUAAUAAAUGCUGUAUCUAGUUUACCUAGCAAAAGCUUGAAACUGCUAUAGUAUGAAUUUUGACAAACUUAGUUUUUGCACAUAACCUUGUACAAUCUCAAAAACAGAGGCCAGCAACAUAAAAUAUAUCUGGACUCUAUUGUAUUAUAGAAUUUUCUUGUUCUGAAUAUCCUUGACAUUACAACUGAUGAUAAACGUAUUUCAGAGCCAUUUUCUGAAAUCUUUUAAGCUAAAAAAGAAAAAUCACAUGCAAGAAACAAGUUUGCAGCUACUAAUUUUGACACCUUUUAGAUCUGUAUAAAAGUGUAUUGUGUUGAAGCAGCACACUGAAACAAAAGUGCUGUGUUUUGGAUAUUUAGUUUUAUCUUUAGUUAACACCAACAAGGUGUUGUAUUCAUUUAUACCAUCUAAUAUAUGACACACUGUUGUAGUAUGUAUAAUUUUGUGAUCUUUAUUUCCCUUUGUAUUCUUCAUUUAAGCAUCUAAAUAAAUUGCUGUAUUGUGCUUAAUGUAAAUAUUUGCUUUAUUACAUGCAAGUGCCACAUGCCUGUUUGGUAAAUCCCAGAGUGCUACUUUUUUUUCCCUUGUCCAAAAAGUGCUCCACAGCUCUGCAGGAGCAUGUAUGUAUAGUAUUUUCUUACUGGAUAGACUGAUCUCUUCAAGGACAUUGAAAAAUCCCACAAAACUAACUUUGUCUGAAUUUGUCUUUAGCAUUCUAGAACACUACUUUAUAAAUAAAGUUACAGUGGUUGUAAUUCUGCAUCCUUGAGA